AUGCGGACCCCGCUGCGCUCCGCGCCCGCGCUGGCGCUUUGCGCCCUCGCCUUGCUCCGCCUGGGCUGCGCACCCACCCGCGCACGGACCCUCGCCCCGACCCCCGCCGCCCCCCGCGCCGCCCCGCGCUGCCCCCCGCUGAUGCUGCAGCUGCUCCGCGCCCCGCCCGCCCCGCUCCGCGCCGCCGCCGCCGCCGCCCUCAGCCUCUCCCCGCACGGCUCGCUGCAGAACGGCUCGCGCUGGGCGCUCUCCUUCGACAUGUCCUCGCUCUCCAGCAGCCAGGAGGUGAGCCUGGCCCAGCUCCGCGUCCGCCUGCCCGGCCUCCCCCACCACGUCUCCCUGGACAUCUACCACAGCCACCGGCGGAGGUGCCGGGCUGCUGGGACCUGCCCCCACCAGCUCUUCCUGGGCACAGUGGCAGGCAGCCCCUCUUCCACCCAGGCCUCCUGGAGGGUGUUUGAGGUCACCAGCCUGCUCCAGUCCUGGCUCCACCAAACUGUGGCCCCCGGGCACCACGGUCCCAUGGGAAGGGAGUGGUGGGAGGAGAGUGGGUUGCCCACCCCGGCCACCACCACCACCACCCAUUCGCCCACCUCCAGCAACGCUGGCCACGGGGAGCCAGCCCUGCCCCAGGACGUGAUGGACAGAGUCCUGCUGCUCGUUUUCUCCAAGGACAAGUCUCCAGGAGACCACAGCCUCAUCAGGACAGCAGAGACCUCCAAGCACGUCAUGCGUGACAGUGGCUCCCAGGGCGCGGGGACCCACCGACAGCGCAGGAACAGGAUGGAGAAGGAAAGGAUCAAAGUGAGUGACGCUGCUGCUGCCGUCCCAGGGGAGGCAGGCAGGUCCCUGUGCCGGAGGGUGGACAUGAUGGUGGAUUUUGAGCAGACAGGCUGGGGCAGCUGGAUUGUCUACCCCAAAAAGUACAACGCCUACCGGUGCGAAGGGCAGUGCCCGUCACCCGUGGACGAGACCUUCAAGCCCACCAACCACGCCUACAUUCAGAGUUUGCUGCAGCUCUACAAGCCCAACCAGGUGCCCUGUCCUGCCUGCUCCCCGGUCAGGAUGAGUCCCCUCUCCAUGCUCUACUACGAGAAGGGCGAGAUCGUCGUCCGCCACCACGAGGACAUGAUCAUCGAGGAGUGUGGCUGCAACUGAGCCCAGCUUGUCCCCUGCUGGGAAGGGGCACCUCUCAGCCUGGAAAGUGUCCCCAGGGACCAGCCACCCAACCCACCACCAACUGGGGCUGAGCCCCCACCAAACCCUGCCUGCCCCAUGGGUCAGCAAAGCUCUGGCUGUGCCAGGG